AGUACAUUUCGUUGUUAUAUACUUUUUAGAAAAAAUAAUUGUACAAACAGUGUCAAAACAUGAAGAGUAAAUACACUACUCAGUGUCAUGAAGAACACAUACUAUAUUUAGAAAUUCAGAAAGAAGAGUUUUUAAAAAAAUUUCAUGAACCUCCUGAUCUUGAAAAGUCACCUGAUAAUUAUGAUAGAAUUAAAGCAAUAGGCAAUGGAGCCUACGGAGAAGUGUUUUUAGUAAGAGACAAAUGUACGCUCGAAUACCACGCGAUGAAAGUCGUUGACAAAACAAUCGUUGUUGAGAGAAAACAUGUAAAACACUUAGUACUUGAAAAGGAAAUUCUUCGUUCUGUUCAGUUUCCAUUUAUAGUUUCCCUAAAUGCUGCGUUCAAAGACAACCUGUAUCUUUAUUUUAUUCUGCCCUACAUUCCUGGUGGGGAAAUGUUUACUUACUUGCAGAAAUAUGGAAGUUUUGAAGAAAGUUUAGCACAGUUCUAUACCAGUCAGAUGGUGUUGGCAUUAGAAUACCUUCAUUUCUGCAAUAUUAUUCAUAGAGACAUAAAACCGGAAAAUAUAUUAAUAGACACUACUGGGUACAUUAAAUUAUGCGACUUUGGGUUUUGUAAAAUAAUAAAAAAGAAAACAUGGACACUAUGUGGGACACCUGAGUACUUAGCGCCGGAGAUCAUUAUGUCUAGAGGAUAUAACUACGCGGUGGACUGGUGGGCGCUCGGUAUUUUGGUAUUUGAAAUGAUUGCAGGCCAUCCACCGUUUUAUGCAGCUGAUCCGAGCAAACUUUAUGAAAAGGUUCUAGAUUGUAAUUAUAAAUGUCCAAAAAAUAUGACUCAAGACUGUAAAAAUUUGCUUAGAGGCUUUCUUCAAGUGGAUCCAACGAAACGUUUGGGAUCACAAAAAAAUGGUACUUUCGCCAUCAAAAGUAAUGCUUGGUUUUAUGAAAUAGACUGGUCAAGUGUAUUAAAUCAAAGAGUAGUUCCGCCAUUUGUACCUACUGCUCACGAGCCGGGGGACACCAGUAACUUUCCCGAAAUUUCUCAAAUAAAACUGAGGCGGCUAUCGACAUGUCUUUUUGAGAAUGAGUUCAAAGAUUUUUAAAAAUCUAAUUUUUAUAUUUGCAAAAUCUAUAUUUUUCUAAUAUUUUUCUUGCAGCUUGUAA